AUCAGAUGUAAUUACCCCAAGCAAUUUACUAAAUGCGUGAAUCAACAUCCUUAAUCCUAGAACCUACAGACACUUCUGGGGCAUUGCUAUUAGGAAACAUUACUUCAUUGACAAAAGCCUAUAAACAGAACUAAGUUAAAGUAGAAAUCAUUUAAAUUAAGGCUGCAAUUAGUAUUUGUGAAUUCUCAAAAUUUGAAGGUAUCCAAUUGGAUAAUCAUCUAAUCAUCAAUAUCGAGGAUAGUGAGGAUGAAAAUAUCAUAUAAUACUUUGAAUAAACAAAUUAAUUUAUCUAAGAAAACUUAAAAGUAAAAAUUUGUUGUUACCAAUAUAGAAAGGAAAUGUAUUAGUGCAUUGCAUGGCAGGAAUCUCAAGAAGUGCUACUAUAGUAAUUGCAUAUCUUAUGUGGAGUUAGAAGAGAAGUUAUAAGGAUGCUUAUAAACAUGUGGAUGAGAUGAGGGAAAUAAUAUAUCCAAAUGAAGGCUUUCGAAAUUAACUCAAGGAAUAUGAACUGUAAUUAAAAAAAGUAUAAUGA